AUGGCUGAGGCAGAUAUACAAAAACGCCGACUGUCGGCGGAUAAUCAGACAGUCUCGAAAGCCGAUAUUCCCUUAAAUGAACGCUUCUUUCGCUACUUCCAGUAUGAGAUCACCGAUCUGCAGCAGGAGAUGGAUCGUCUUGCAGAUACCUCGCUUAUAGGUGGUGAACGUGUCGAUGCAACAGACCACUGUCUUGCCGGCAUCGUGCGGUUAUCCAAUGAGGUCAAGGAUGCAGCGAGCUACAUCCCCACAUAUGACCAGCGGGUAUAUGCAGAGGCAAUCAAGGCUUUGCAAGAUCGAUUGAGCGAGACACGUGCCGCAUUUGAACCCCGGUCAAAAUUCAGCUUCAAGACCAAGAAAAACACAUCUGCUAUAUCUUUGUCUGAUGCUGCCGUACUAGCAGCAGAAGGGCGGCUUAGCAUCCCUAGGUAUCACUCUCCAGGUGCCUCAUCAGUUGGCUCCUCCGUCAACACGCCCAACUACCCUUCCACUCCAUUGAACGAGCCGGAUAAGCAGCAAGAGCGACCGGAGCUUGCUCCCACUUCGUUCCCAGGUGUCUCGGUUGGGGACUUUGGCGCAAAGCCUGCCGAGGAGAAGCCUGCCGGUACGUUUGCGGCCACAGGUAUCUCUUCUGUGUCGGUCGAUAAUCAUCAUGGACUUCACAUUAUGCUUCCGGCCUCCGGCUCGACAUCCACAGUCCCGGUGUCUAUUACCUCCUUGGAUCGCUGCAUCGUUGAUAUGUCCAUUCCCACUUCCAAUGGAAAGCCGUAUGCCAGUCUUACUGCCAAGGGGAUCAAAGAAAGCUUAUUGAUCUGUGGUCAAGUCGAUGGCCCUGCACACAUUACUGGCGUUGAGCAUAGCGUGAUUGUGGUAUCAUGUCGCCAGUUCCGCAUGCACAACUGCAGCAACGUUGAUGUCUAUCUCAGCUGUUCUAGCAACCCCAUUAUUGAGGACUGUUCCAAUAUUCGAUUUGGUCGGAUCCCGAAGGCCUAUGCCCUGGAUCAUGACCGUCCCGACCACGAAGAUCGUUGGAGCCAGGUCGAAGAUUUCAAAUGGAUUAAGCCGGAGCCCAGUCCAAACUGGAGUCUACUCGAUCCCAACGAUGCCGUCCCAGAAGAGGUCUGGGCAGAGAUUGUUCCCGGCGGGCCGGGAUGGUCUCUUGAGGAUAUCUUGCAUGCUAUCAAAGUAGUCCCAAACUAG